CAAUACAAUGCAACAUCCAGAUAGUUUUACUCGACUGACUUUCAUUUCUAUUAUGAAGUUAAAAAUUGCUCAAAAGAUCGUGAAAGGAAGCCAAUCGCCAAACUAACGGUUGAGGCCUUCACUAAUAUCCUACUACAUCUUCUAAAAAACAAAGAAAAAGCCUACUACAUAAGAAUCUCUAAACCCAAAGCCAACUUUAUCGAAAUCCAUAAUUUCUUUCUCCGCUAAACACCACUUCCAUUCUUUUUCAACUUCUCUCUUUUUUCUCUUAACAAAAUUAAAUAAAUCAAUAAAUAAAUACUCAUAAAUCCCAUCUUUUCCAGUUUCCAAAAUGUUCAAAAGAUGUUGUGUGUUGUCUUGUUUUAUUCAAUUCCUUUUCCAUUUUUUAUCCAACUCUUUUGCACGCCUUUUCUUUCAUUUUAAAGCUUUCUCUCUGUUAAAGCUUCUUUAUCUAAAGUGACCCCCUCCUCGUCUGGAUAUUCAAAUUUAUUUAUUUUUUAUUUUAUUUUUAUUUUUAUUUUUUUUAAUUGUUGCCUCCAUAACAUUAUUAUUUAUAUAAAUUCACUAUUUCCAACUUCACUUCCUUCCAUUUUAUCCCCAUAAAAUUCCCUUGCCUUUCACUUGGUUUCAGUGUUAGUGCUCUCUGCUACAAUGUUUUAUUUUUUCUACCAGAGAAUAUAAGUUAGGCUUUAUAGAUUGAUCAGAUUUACAGCACCAAUAGAGGAAAGCUAUAACGACGUAGUAAGAACAGCUACUUGUUGGUAAUUGAUUUUAAUGCUCAACGGCGCUGCAUAAUAUAUUAUUAUUUCAAGGAAAAAGAGAUGCCGAACCGACAAGUGAGAGACCCAAAAUUGAAGCAUAUAAUUUCCAAGAAAAUUGUGGAAAGUAAGCCAGUUCUUCAGCAGGCAUCUAAUAGAUUUUGCGAGAGUACCGGAGAGAGAUUAGAAGAUGCUCCAAAAAAUGCAAAGCGUAGGCGAGGAAGAAGAAAGUCAAAAGGUGCGAUAAUGGAGGAUUUACCUGCUGAUGGAAAGCUUGAAUUGCGUGUAGAACCACCCACUUCAAACAAGGGAAUUGUGUUUCAACGAAGGCCAGGUUUCGGCCAGUUAGGAACCAAGUGUGUUGUUAAGGCUAAUUAUUUCCUUGCCGAGUUAUCAAGGUCGGAUUUAUGUCAAUAUAAUGUUACAAUAACUCCUGAGGUGAAUUCAAGUAAACUUAAUAAAGCUAUCAUGGCCGAGUUAGUUAAACUUCAUAGAGAAACUAACUUGGGUUCUAGACUUCCUGUUUAUGAUGGAAAGAAGAAUCUGUACACUGCUGGAUUACUACCUUUCACAUUGAAAGUGUUCAAGGUUACAUUGGUUGAAGAGUGUGAAGGAUUCGAAUUGACAAAGGAGAAUGAAUUCGAAGUGAAAAUCCAGUUUAUUGGUUAUGCUCGAAUGCAUGAACUACACGAGCUUCUUGCAGGUAAACAAGUCAAAGCACCACAAGAAGCUCUUACUGUCAUUGAUGCUGUCUUGAGGGAAAUGGCAGCAAAAAGGUACUUAUCAUUUGGAAGACUAUUCUAUUCUCCUAAUAUUCAAAAACCUCAUCAACUUGGUGGUGGCUUGCACUCAUGGCGUGGCUUCUAUCAGAGUAUAAGACCCACACAAAUGGGGUUGGCCUUGAAUAUUGAUAUGUCGGCAAAUGCAUUUAUUGAACCACUCCCUGUAGUUGAAUUUGUUGCUCAAGUUUUAGGGAAAGAUGUGCGCUCAAAACCUUUGUCUGAUGCAGAUUCUGUUAAGAUCAAGAAAGCACUUAGAGGGGUCAAAGUGGAGGUUACUCAUAGAGAAAAUGUACGAAGAAAAUAUCGUGUAUCAGGAUUGUCAUCACAACCUACCAAGGAGCUCAUAUUCCCUGUGGAUGAACAUAUGAAUAUGAAGUCGGUGAUUGAGUACUUCCAGGAGGUCUAUGGAUUUACUAUACAAUAUGCCCAUCUCCCUUGUCUUCAAGUAGGGAAUCAAAAGAAAGUAAAUUAUUUGCCAAUGGAGGCAUGCAAAAUAGUUGAAGGACAGAGAUACACCAGAAGAUUAAAUGAAAAACAGAUAGCUUCGUUACUCAAAGUUACUUGUAGACGACCAUCUGACCAAGAGUCAGAUAUAUUACAGACAGCCCACCAGAAUGGAUACAACCAAGAUUCCCAUGCACGGGAGUUUGGAAUAAAGAUAGAUGACAAGCUUGCAACAGUUGAGGCUCGUAUUCUUCCUGCUCCAUGGCUAAAGUACAAUGACACUGGCAAAGAGAAGCAGCACUUGCCUCAGCUUGGUCAGUGGAACAUGUUAAACAAGAAAGUGAUUAAUGGAAGCACCAUUAAUUACUGGGCUUGCAUAAAUUUCUCAAGAAGCGUACAAGAGAGUGCAGCUCGUGGGUUUUGCCGUCAGUUAGUGCAGAUGUGUCAAGUCUCUGGAAUGGAGUUUAACCCUGAACCGGUUAUUCCAAUCCAUUCUGCACGACCAGACCAGGUUAAGAAAGCCUUGAGAUUUGUAUGCAACGCUGCUGCGAGCAGACUCGAAGGAAAGGAGCUGGAGUUGGUUAUUGCCAUCCUUCCAGACAAUAAUGGUUCCUUAUAUGGUGAUCUGAAACGCAUUUGUGAGACAGACUUGGGGUUGAUUUCACAAUGCUGCCUCACCAAAUAUGUAUUGAAAGUUUCCAGGCAAUACCUUGCAAAUGUGUCCUUGAAAAUUAAUGUAAAGAUGGGGGGAAGGAAUACUGUCCUUCUGGAUGCCUUGAGUUUGAGAAUUCCAAUGGUUAGUGACAUCCCUACAAUUAUUUUUGGAGCUGAUGUUACUCAUCCAGAAAGUGGAGAAGACACAAGCCCAUCCAUUGCUGCUGUUGUGGCAUCUCAAGAUUGGCCAGAAGUGACAAAGUAUGCUGGCAUGGUUUCUGCUCAGGCUCACCGACAAGAAAUUAUACAAGAUCUGUUCAAAACCUGGCAAGACCCGCAACAGGGAACUGUCAAUGGUGGAAUGAUAAGAGAGCUUUUGCUGUCCUUCAAGAAGGCCACUGGACAAAAGCCGCUGAGGAUAAUAUUUUACAGGGAUGGUGUAAGUGAUGGGCAGUUCUAUCAUGUUCUGCUGUAUGAACUUGAUGCCAUUAGAAAGGCUUGUGCAUCACUGGAACCAGGCUAUCAACCUACAGUAACAUUUGUAGUGGUUCAAAAGCGAAAUCAUACCAGAUUAUUUCCAAAUAAUCACAACGACAAGAGAAGUAUGGAUAAGAGUGGGAAUAUUUUACCUGGCACAGUUGUAGAUUCUAAGAUAUGUCAUCCAACUGAUUUUGACUUCUACUUAUGCAGUCAUGCUGGUAUUCAGGGAACCAGCAGACCGGCUCACUACCAUGUUCUCUGGGACGAAAACAAUUUUUCAGCGGAUGAGAUACAAUCUCUAACCAACAACCUCUGUUAUACGUAUGCUCGCUGCACACGGUCUGUCUCAGUAGUUCCACCAGCAUAUUAUGCGCAUCUGGCAGCUUAUAGAGCUCGAUUCUACAUGGAGCCCGAUAAUUCUGAUAACUCGGGAGGAUCACACAAUUCACGCACAAGCAAUGGCCAAACCAUUCGCCCGUUGCCAGAAUUGAAGGACAAGGUCAAAAAUUUAAUGUUUUACUGCUGAAAGCAUAGAUUGACAGGAUAUGGAUCAGAAUGUGUAUAGCUAGGUCUCUUGUAAUUAUAGUUGUAGUGAGUAGAGAGUAGUGACUAGUGAAAUGGUGCAUAACAAAUUUUGAUAGUUAUGAAAAAGCUAUUGCUAGCCUUUUAAUUAUAAAUGUGUUGUUGAAUCAAGAGUUAAAUUCAAGGGCAGUUUAAAUGACCAAAUACGGACACUACUAGUGAAGAAAGUGCAGUUUGGGAGUGCUCAAACAAGCAAAUCAGUGUUCGAACAAGGACUCUUAUGCUCGAAUGAGUAAUUAUUUGUAUAUGUUGAGAAUUAUUGAAGGGAAGUAGAGAAAAACUAUGAAAACAAACUAGAAUUGAGAUAAAAAGUAAGAAAAAUGUUUACUUGUUUUCAUGCUAUAAAAUGGGUACAAAACAUCCUUUAUAUAAGGAAAAAUGUUAAAUAUUAAUUGCAACUAUUAAAGAGUCACAUUUUUAGAGGCAUAACCUUUGCCAUUUCAUCUACUCAUAAU